CCCAAAUAAUUCCUCCUCUGUGUACAGCAACACAAAAGCAUUUUCAGCUUUCAGGUUUCGACAAAUCCUGUUGUAACAACAACUCCCUCCCUUCCCCGCCUCUUGGUUCUUAAUUCUCCCACAGCUCAAAAAAUGAGAUGGAGAACCUGGUAUUUAUCUUCUAGCACUAUCAGCAGUUUUCACCCCUCAGAGUUCUAUGUUGCUCUUUAUUUGCUAUCUGCAAGUUAACUUGUUGGAGCUUUAUCACUAAGACUCAGACGCUGUGAACCAGGCCUCAUGGAUGUGGUUUCACUUCACCGUAUCUCACUGGGGUUCGUUUGAAGAAGCUGACAGAAGAGUUAAGACAUGGAAGGCAACUGACAAAAGAUAUCCUACAGCUGCAAUUUGGUAAGACUUCAGUCUCCGAACAAGGAACAUGCUCUCCUACAGACUACUUGAGCACAGCUGAAGUUUUAAAUAAGGAACAAGGUGGAGAGCCCUUUCCUUUGUGCCAUGCCAAGCACCACCAUCAUCAGGAGAAUGGUAGCCUCAGGGGGCCCGGCGUGAGCUUCUCCCCUGGGAAGCAGUGUCCUCGCCCACUACCAGGGCCUAUUCAGCUGUGUUCUCAGCCCCCACUGUGUAUAGGAGUCCUUUUGUUUGUUUCUUUCAUUCUUUCCAGCCCGACUUUGUCUUCUCUCCGCAGCCUUUUGUUACUUGGUUCUCUACUGUGCAGAAACAGCUACAGUCAGGGCCACCAGGAUUUUCUAGGAGGACAAAGGUAACGGUGAUGUCAUGGCUUCGGCGGGUCUCCAGCUCCUCGCUUUCGCCCUGGCCUUAUCUGGGGUCUCUGGGGUCCUCACGGCCACUUUGCUGCCCAACUGGAAGGUGAACGUGGAUGCGGGCUCCAACAUCAUCACGGCCAUCGUGCAGCUGCAAGGGCUGUGGAUGGACUGCACGUGGUACAGCACUGGGAUGUUCAGCUGCUCCCUGAAGGACUCCGUCCUGGGCCUCCCCACCCACGUGCAGGCCGCGCGGGCCGCCAUGGUGCUGGCCUGCGUUCUGUCUGCUCUGGGGAUCUGCACUUCCACAGUGGGGAUGAAGUGCACUCGCUUAGGCGGGGACAGGGAAAGCAAGAGUCACACCUGUUUUGCUGGAGGCGUCUGCCUCGUGUCUGCGGGCAUCUCCAGCCUCACACCCACAGUGUGGUACACCAAGGAGAUCAUUGCCAACUUUCUGGAUCUGACGGUCCCAGAAAGCAACAAACAUGAACCCGGAGGAGCGGUCUACAUCGGAUUCAUUUCCGCCAUGCUGCUGUUUAUCUCUGGCCUGAUUUUCUGCACAUCUUGUGUGAAAAAGAGCGCAGAAGCUUUGCUCUACCCAUCCAAGCAGCAACAUAUCCCCAUCUCGCAGCCAGAGGACAAUUCAGCAUACAGCCUGAAGGAUUACGUGUAA